AUGAAAUCACUUCUUUCAAACUUACAAAAGGCCAAUGAAGCCUGUCAUUCAAAAGCUUCUAAAUUUGAUCUUUCUUUACAAGAAGCUCAAGAAAUUCCAGCAAAUACUGAUUUUUCUCUUUUUUCUCAAGAAAAUUCCUCAAUUGUUGAUUUACCUCUUUCCUCACCUGAAUUAUCUGAUGAUGAUGAAAUAAUUGACUUGGGAACUCUUGAAUAUGAUAAUGAAAUUGCUAAUGUAAAUUUUUUUGAAGAUAAUAAUGCAGCUGCUGAAGGAACAGCAAAUAUCAUGGACUUUUUUAAGCUGGAAAACCAAUUCCAAAUAUUCUACGUAUAA